CAUGUGCAAUGUUUGGGCAUCUUUGUUGACACAAGACUAGCAUGAAAUGAGAGCAGCAUAUAAAAGUGAGAAAUGGUCCACAGCAGAUCAGUUCUGGUCAAAGAUGGCCAAGCUCAUUUUGCUUACCGGUCUGGCCCUCCUGCUGAACGCCCAGAUAGGCACUGCCUACGUGCUCUCAUGCUAUUUCACCAACUGGGCUCAAUACAGGCCUGGCCUGGGAAAAUAUAUGCCAGACAACAUCGACCCAUGCCUGUGCACACACCUACUAUACGCCUUUGCUGGGAUGUCCAACAAUGAGAUCACAACUUAUGAAUGGAAUGAUGAGACCCUCUACAAGUCCUUCAACGGACUGAAAAAUCAGAAUGGAAAUCUCAAGACUCUCCUGGCAAUUGGAGGAUGGAAUUUUGGAACAGCCAAGUAAGUUCCCACUUCCCAU